AUGGCAGUAGCGCGCGGACGACUUCACGACCACCCGAACCUCCCCCCUCUGCCGCACGUCCAUGACGAACGCAUCGAGAACCAGAUCUUCACGCACAGGAGCCUCUUCGGUCGUCCGACGCAUGUCUUCGAGGACAGGGCGGACGACUUAGCGCCCGACAACGAGAAGUUCGAGCACCUCGGGGACACCGUCCUGGGUCUUGUCGUGACCACGCAGAUCCAGCAGAUGUACCCUGGACUGCGCGUAGGCCCAUCUACGAAAAUCAGGGCCCUCGUCGUGGGUAAUCAGAACCUAGCCGCUAUCUCCGUCAAGUACAAGCUGCCUGAGCGUCUGAAGGUGCAUGCAGCCCAGGUGGUAUCACUCAAAGCAUCCGUAAAUGUGCAGGCGGACCUCUUCGAGGCAUACGUUGGUGGCCUGUUCCUCCACCGCGGCCUCUCGGUCGUGGAGGCCUGGCUGAAGCCGCUCUUCCGCCCGUACAUCAUCUGCGCCUACGAGCAGGUGCGUCAGCACCACACCGUCACCCGCCCGUUCCACACGCGCGCCGGAUCGUCCAUGGACAGCACGGACCUGCCCAUGUCCGUCGAGGACGCGCGCGGCAGCCCGACCGCCGGCCACCUCGCGCUCUUCAACCAGCACCUCUCGCGCAACAACCGCGAGGUCGAGUGGAUCUACUUCGACGGGUCGAGUGAGCCGGACAUGCAGGUUCUCUCCUCUAAGUUCACCGACCUCGACAUCGGGAGCGAGCGCGGGUCGAAGACCACCCCGCUGUGGUUCGUCGAGGUCCGGGUGGACAGUACGUCCUACGGUCUGGGUCGCGGGAACACGAAGAAGUCCGCCCGCAACGAGGCUGCCAAGGUCGGCCUUGCGCAGUUGGGCAUUGCGGUCUGGUCAGCUGCUCUUGUUGGUUGA